UUGCCCACUGCGGAGAGCUCAGAGCAUGUUGCUGAGGGGCAGCCCCCGGCGGUUUCUGGAGCACCAUCUUCUCUUUGUGGAGAACGCAGAGCAGCAGUACCCAGCUCGGGAGUCGCUCCCGAAUCCAUUCAUGACUGAGGAACCCUCCGUCCCUGCCGAGCCAGACCUGCCUUCCUCCAACCACACCAACGCGACGGACUGCGGCGAGGAGAUCCUGCUCUAUGGGGACACUGAGAAGAUCGUCAUUGGAGCUGUGCUCUCCAUCAUCAUCCUCAUGACCAUCGCAGGCAACGGUCUGGUCAUCAUCUCUGUCUGCAUUGUCAAGAAGCUCCGGCAGCCAUCCAACUACCUGGUGGUGUCCCUCGCUGCCGCUGACCUUUCGGUGGCCUUCGCUGUCAUGCCCUUUGUGACCAUCACGGACCUGGUGGGGGGAGAGUGGCUCUUUGGGAAGGUGUUUUGCAACGUGUUCAUCGCCAUGGAUGUCAUGUGCUGCACUGCCUCCAUCAUGACCCUGUGCAUCAUCAGCGUGGACAGGUACCUGGGGAUCACUCGGCCACUGACGUAUCCCGUGAGACAAAACGGGAAGCUGAUGGCCAAGAUGGUCUUCAUCGUUUGGCUCCUGUCCGCCUCCAUCACGCUUCCUCCUCUUUUUGGCUGGGCUAAGAAUGUCACCGUGGAAAGAGUCUGCCUGAUCAGCCAGGACUUUGGGUACACGGUCUAUUCCACAGGGGUCGCCUUCUACAUCCCCAUGGCGGUCAUGCUCGUCAUGUACAGCCGGAUCUACAAAGCUGCCAAGGUGAGCGCUGAGAAGCACCGCUUCAUGAACUUCUCCAAGCACUACGAAGAGGAGGGUGUCUACUGCCUGGAGGCUUCCAGCCGCGGCCAUCCCAGCUCCAAGCGCACCAAGGCGGUGGAGGAAUGUGCCACUCUCUCCAAACUGCUCCGGCAAGACCGGAAGAAUAUUUCCAUCUUCAAACGGGAACAAAAAGCAGCCAGGACCCUUGGUAUAAUCGUGGGGGCUUUUACAUUUUGUUGGCUGCCGUUCUUCCUUAUGUCAACGGCUCGGCCUUUUAUCUGUGGUAUACACUGCAGCUGCCUGCCCCUGAGGCUGGAGAGGACUCUGCUCUGGUUGGGAUACACCAACUCCCUCAUCAAUCCCUUAAUUUAUGCUUUCUUUAACCGAGACUUGAGGACUACCUUCUGGAACCUUCUGAGGUGCAGGUACAGGAAUAUCAACAGGAGACUUUCUGCCGCCAGCAUGCACGAGGCCCUGAAAGCCACAGAGAGACACGAAUGCAUCCUGUAGAGCUGUGUCCUCCAAUUCAGUGCCUGACCAGCAAACUC